AUGUCUGUCAAAUCACCUGCUAAAGCACAAGGCACCUCGAAGGAUGUAGGCUUUAUUCCCGUCGUCUUUCCUUUGGACCGAAAUAUGCCAUUUUCGCCGUCAAUUAAAGCUGGAUCCUCAAGUAGAAAGGGAUCCAGCAGUCUUUCAUACAUGGAAAGGCUCCAGCAGAAGCACAACGCAAUGGCACGGAUUGCACGAGACCAACCGCGAUCCCUAUCGCUCAGCGACCAGAACACAGAGGUCGACAAUGAACGCGUCCUUUUGCUGAGCAAGAAAGUCCGCGAAGCAUGGCUGAACACGGAUGCAAACUCGGCGGAUGGUAAAUAUACGUUUUUGGCACAAUUACUGCGCCUGAACUCAACCAGCGGUCUCGAUGGCCGCUGGAGCGCCGUGCGCACCGAUCUUCCACCUGCGGAACAGCUUCCUGGAGCGCGCUGGAUUAACGCAAAGACUGAAGUGGAAUGGAAGGAGUGGGAGAAGAGGUACGAGACGGAACGAAGGAUCAAGGAAAAGGUGGAGAAGUGGAAGAAAACGGUGGAAACGCCCAGUACGCAGCCCAGUUUUCAAGACAGCUUGGUAUCGAACUCGGCUUCUGCUCGCAAAGGCUCCAAGGCAGCGUCUGCCAGCAUCCUUUCAGUCCCCGCAGAUCCGUUGAAAAAUUCCACACCCUUCGGAUUCUCUGUCGUCAAACGUGUUCAGAAAUCUGCUGUAGGCAAACCCUCUGGAUCGGGGUCAGGUAAAGCAACAGUACCACCGGAGAAACCUGGAGAUAGUGCCUCUAAACCUACAAAAAGUUCACAUAAUAAACACAUAGCUGAGUUGGGAGAACAUUCUUUUAUUCCUCCAUCCUUCCCUCCAUCUCAACUCCUAACAUCGACACCUAAACAUGCUGCGAAACCCUCCAAUCCCCGAAAACCUGAUCCAAUACCCCACAUUGCCCCGCCAUCAACUUCUGAGAAUUCCAUCUUACCCGAUCAGCCUCUAUCCUCGCCUCGAGUGACCAAGACAUAUGGUCGUCAACACCCAAGUCCGAGCCAACCACUCGAGGCAUCUGCCUCUUUACCUGCGAUACCCGUCACCCCUACCCGCAAGAGAAACCCCCAUAAUGACAUUAAUGACGACCUAAAUGACGACGACAGUGUCUUCAAUCUUAACAAGAAGCGACUCCUUGCUUCACCUGCGACACCCGAUAGCAAUACUAACAAGGAAAGGGCAUUGAAGAGAGCGCGCACCCUUUCUGAACUUCAAUCUUCUCCUGUGAUACCUCCUCCAAGCAAUAGAAGGGACAACGCCAAUGUGCUUCGAAGUCCUCGCACUCCUAUCACCUCGAAACGCUCUGUGCUCCCUCCCGUUGCUAACCCUCCUGUAGCAGCUACAUCCGAGUCAAGCCCUGAUCCAUUGUUGGAAGCGUCCCCAUAUCAUCUUGGGAAUAGUCCCAAGAAACAACCUGCCAUUGAGGUACCCACUCUCAUUAAUCUUCUGGCAAGCGCGAAGAAAGGAAAGAAGACCAGCUCUUCCAAGCCUCCCAGUGCAUCCAAGGGUAAGGGAAAAGCCAAGGAGACCACAACCCUGGAUGCGGAAGAUGGAGUACAAGGCAAAGAAUUACACUCCGAUGUCGGAGAUGAUGUGCAUGAAAAACCGCCUGCUGCACCGUUCCUUUUCCCCGAAGCUGUAGUUGAAGAUGCAGUGAUGACAAUAGCGAAGGAUACAGCAGAACAAGAACCGGUGCAUGCAGACGUCAAUGAUCUCCCCGAGAGGGAGAAGGACCACCACUUGUUCGAACCUUACGGCAAUUCUGUUGUAAUGGCGUAUGAAGACCCCAAUCUUCUCCCUGUUGAUGAUGCUGCGUCCCCGGCCAAGUCUCUCUCGUCGCUGGCAGGCUCUGACUCAGAAGAUGAUGAAAUUGAAAACGUCGACGAUGGGAACAACUUCCUGCUUUCUUUCAACCCGGUGGCUACAUCCACCCAGCAGCAUCGAGGUCCAUUCGCCAGCUCGGCUUUGAGAAAUGAACUUGGCGCAAACAAUGUCUCAGCGGAAAAGGAGAGUCAGCCCCCACCAAAUUUGAGUCAAAUGACCAAAGAUAGCUGGGAGAGCAUUUACGCGCCGACGUCGAUGCCCAAGUCGAAAUCAAAAGCAUCCUCCAGCAAGUCCAAGUCGCCCGUGCCGCAGCCACAGCCGCGACAUUAUCAGAUACCAAAAACGGAUCCGGUUACGAGCUCCAAUCCAUUUGCGUAUAGCUCGCAGCUCACAUCCGGUGUGGCGAAGAAUGUUUAUGAUGUUGACCGGCUUCUAGAGCAGGAUGUUGAGCUUGCGUACUCGGGAUGGAUCAGGGAUCCUUAUGCGGAUGAGAUCGAGGACGCGGAUGGGUUCAAGGAUCCUGAGUCUAGUCCUUGA